AUGGAGGGUGGCAGUGGCAAACUUGCAUGUAAUUACAAUGGAGAUCACCUAGCAACGGCUGACAUAAAGCACAGCGGAAAACAAUGGCUGGCUUGUGGUUCUAAUCAUUUCGGCCAGUUGGAUAUAUUAGAAAACGAACGUUUAAUACGAUAUAUGAAAAAAAUUGCACUCGAAGGAAGUAUUCGGUGCCUUACAUCUUCAUGGAGUUAUGUGGCAGCCAUCAAUGGAUGUUCAAUGCAAAUAUGGGGUUUCAUCAACUGUCAAACGAAAAACAUAAAAAAUAUAACGGUCGACAACACAAUCAAAACUUUAGCAUGUUGUGAUAGAUACUGCCUACUUUUGCUGAAUACCGGAACGGUAUUCAAAUACAAUGUACAAUGUCUAGAUGAUAAUUUGGAGGAAAUCAAGUUCCAAAUAAAUGAAAGUCACAAACCGAAAAGACUGUCCAUCUUUGGGAGUUCUGCAACGUCUUCGUCCAAUUCGGUUUUAAAAAUAGAAAACAUAGCGUGUGGAAAUACUAUUAUGGUAGCCAUAGGUAUGUCUAAUGAAGUAUUUACCGGAACUACUGAAGUACAUCGUUUUCCUAAACAUGUUAGAACAAAACAGUUGGUAUGUGGUUUUGAACAUGCCCUCUUGUUAACACAUAACGGAGAUAUUUAUACCUGGGGCAAUGGUUUAAGGGGCCAAUUGGGAUUGGAUUCCAUAGGCGUUAAAAUAAAACCCAUCCUCUUAGAAGCAAUGGCUGGAAUCAAGAUAAUUUGUAUAACAGCGUCCGGAUGGCAUAGUGCAGCCAUUUCCACAUUCGGGGAUCUUUACACGUGGGGAUUCAAUUCUAAUGGACAACUUGGUUUAAGAAUUUAUAAAAACGAUACCAUUAAAGAACCGUCUAUAUACAUGGUACCACAAUUGAUCGAAUUAACAGACUUAAACUGCUGUGAACAAAAGACAGAACCUUGCAUUCCAAUAAAAGUUACAGGCGGUGCGAGACAUACAAUUGUGCUAAUGAAUUGCGGAGCUGUUUUUUCGGUAGGUUGGAAUGCAUAUGGACAGUUGGGCUUGAAAAACAACAGAAUGUACAUAGACAAAUUCACACGUAUACUUAAAAUCGAAAAUUGUAUCGACGAUGUGGAAAUUGUGUGUGGAUCUUGGAAUACAUGGAUAACUAUGCAUACUGACAGCAAAUAUGUACAUUAUAAAAACUGA